AUGAAAGGCCAGGUUUUCCCAUUUGAAAAUAAACGGCGGCACGAACCAACUCAAAGAACCAGAAGAAGAAAGAAAAAAGAAUGUCGAACGGACUUCUUCUUCUCCACUGAAAGCUGUGCUGCUGCAUCUGCUCCACUCCAACAGGGCAUUUUGUGCCGAACAAUGCGGGUUCGGUUUAUUCUAUCUCGGAAAUACUGCACUAGUUUUGCAAUUUCCUCCAAUUCUCAAAUUGCUCGGUAUGCUCGGCUUGGCCAAAUUGAGAAAGCCCGAAGGGUGUUUGAUCAAAUGCCUGACAAAACUAUUGUGUCUUGGAACUCAAUAGUUGCAGGUUACUUCCAAAGUAAUCAGCCAGGAGAAGCCCGAAAACUGUUUGAUAGAAUGCUGGAGAGGAAUACGGUUUCUUGGAACGGUUUGAUAUCCGGUUAUGUCAAGAAUGGGAUGAUUAUUGAGGCUAGGAAAGUGUUUGAUUCGAUGCCCGAAAGGAAUGUUGUAUCGUGGACUUCGAUGGUUAGAGGGUACGUUCAAGAGGGUAGGAUUUCAGAUGCUGAAUCACUCUUUUGGCAGAUGCCUGAAAGGAAUGUUGUUUCAUGGACAGUGAUGUUAGGUGGCCUGAUUCAAGAGGGUCGGAUUGAUGAGGCUCGUAGGCUUUAUGAUAUGAUGCCCGAGAAGGAUGUGGUGACAAGGACUAAUAUGAUUGGUGGGUAUUUUCAAGUUGGCCGUUUGGCAGAAGCACGUGAGAUUUUUGAUGAGAUGCCGCGAAGGAAUGUUGUUUCCUGGACUACGAUGGUAUCUGGGUAUGUGCAUAACAACCAGGUAGAUAUUGCUAGAAAGCUUUUUGAAGUGAUGCCGGAGAAAAAUGAGGUUUCAUGGACGGCAAUGCUAAUAGGUUACACUCAGUGUGGACGGAUUGAAGAGGCUUCAGAGCUUUUUCAUGCCAUGCCAGAUAAGUCAGUUGUUGCUUGUAAUGCAAUAAUACUUGGGUAUGGCCAAAAUGGAGAGGUAGCUAAAGCAAGGGAAGUUUUUGAUAAUAUGAGAGAGAGGGAUGAUCGGACAUGGAGUGCGAUGAUUAAAGUUUAUGAACGGAAAGGUUUUGAAUUGGAAGCACUUGACUUGUUUACUUUGAUGCAAAGAGAAAGUGUUAGGCCGAAUUUCCCUUCUUUGAUAAGCGUUCUAUCUGUUUGUGGCAGCUUGGCCAGCCUUGAUUAUGGUAGACAAAUUCAUGCCCAGUUGGUGAGAAACCAAUUUGAUCAUGAUGUAUAUGUUGCCUCAGUUUUGAUGACAAUGUAUGUUAAAUGUGGUAACCUUGUGAAGGCAAACCAGGUGUUUAACAGGUUUGCUGCGAAGGAUAUAGUUAUGUGGAAUUCAAUGAUCACCGGUUAUGCCCAACAUGGUUUAGGAGAGAAAGCUUUACAAGUUUUCCAAGAGAUGUGCUCCUUGGGUAUAUCACCAGAUGAGAUCACCUUUAUUGGAGUUCUUUCAGCAUGUAGCUAUAGUGGGAAGGUAGAAAAAGGUUUUGAAAUUUUUGAGACAAUGAAAUCAAAGUACCAGGUGGAGCCAAGAACUGAACAUUAUGCUUGUAUGGUUGAUCUGCUUGGUCGAGCAGGAAAGGUAAAGGACGCAAUGGAUUUAAUUAAGAAAAUGCCAGUUGAAGCAGAUGCUGUUGUUUGGGGUGCCUUAUUAGGUGCAUGCAGACAACACAUGAAAUUGGAUUUGGCAGAAGUUGCUGCAAAGAAACUUACAGAACUUGAGCCCAACAAAGCAGGGCCUUACGUCUUGCUAUCAAAUAUUUAUGCAUCACAGGGUAGAUGGCAUGAUGUUGCAGAGCUGAGGAAAAACAUGAGAACAAGAAGCGUUAGCAAGUCACCUGGCUGUAGCUGGAUUGAGGUGGAGAAAAAUGUUCAUAUGUUUACUGGGGGAGAGAGCACGGGACACCCGGACCAUGCGAUGAUCAUGAGAAUGUUAGAGAAACUAGGUGUAUUGUUAAGAGAAGCUGGUUACUGCCCUGAUGCCAGCUUUGUAUUGCAUGAUGUGGAGGAAGAAGAAAAGGCACACAGCUUGGGUUAUCACAGUGAGAAACUGGCCAUAGCAUAUGGACUCUUGAAGGUACCCCAAGGGAUGCCCAUUCGGGUGAUGAAGAAUCUUCGCGUUUGUGGUGAUUGCCAUUCUGCAAUUAAGUUAAUAUCCAAAGUUAUGGGAAGAGAGGUCAUAUUGAGGGAUGCUAACAGAUUUCAUCAUUUUAAGGAUGGCUUGUGUUCUUGCAGAGACUAUUGGUGA